AUGCCCCACGCCAUGUCGAUGCCCUCAACAGGGCUGCAAGCACUCAUCCUUUGCGGACCGGGAUCAUCAUUUCCGACCUUCACGUCAAAUCCUGAUGAGAACCCCAAAGCUAUUCUACCCAUUGCUAAUCGUCCAAUGGUGUGGUACCCCAUUGACUUUUGUCACCGAAUGGGCAUCACAAACAUCACCCUGAUAUGCCCACCAUCAGCAUCCAAAGCCAUGAACUCUGCAUUUAGCAUAAACCCCUUUCUCACUGGCCUGCCUCUCCCCAGACCAGAUAUUCUCGCUCCGGCAGACUUGGACUACAACACGGGAACCGCGGAAAUUCUUCGCCUCUCUGAAGUUCGCAAUCUGAUCAAAUCGGACUUUGUCGUCCUGCCCUGCGAUCUUGUCUGCGAAUUAGGCGGAGAUAAGCUCCUCCAAGCAUGGAUGGUCAAGUCUGCAAGCCUGACUGAUUUGUUAGGAGAUGGGCGCUGCACAAUGGGUCACCAAAGCCACCACAGUGGCGGUCUUGGAGUUUGGUACAACACGAAGUCAGGUCCGGUGGUUAAAGGUGAAGAGACUGAUUUCAUCGCCACCUCUCCGCUCCCUUCUGGGCAAUCAGCCACGCAAAAAGGAUCCAUUUCCCCCCAUCUCUCAAAGCUGGUUUACUCGAUGCCUACAGACUCAUUGAAAGACAUUAUGGAGGAUGAGAAGUCAUUGCCAAUCCGGCACGCGUUACUCAGGGCACACCCUCGCAUCCGAAUGCUGACUACUCACCGGGACGCACACAUUUACAUCUUUCCCCGAUGGAUUCUGGACUUCGUCAAGGAGAAUGAACGACUCGACAGCAUUGGUGAGGACGUGGUGGGUUGGUGGGCCAAGGCCGGAUGGCAAGUCGGACUUGCGGACAAGCUGCAUAUCACUACGGUUUGCGACGCCGCCAAAUCAGAAGAUGACAACGGUUCCACAUCGGGGAGUGUUACUUCACCACCACCUGGCCCAGAAGAAGCAGAAAAGCAAUCUACUGAAAGACUAGGCGAAACCAAGUCCAUAGGCAAAGAUGGCUCACUGAAAUCACAAGCAAAUCAACAUACCCCCCCGGUCGUCGCAUACGUUCAUUCAGGCGAGGGACAAGAAAAACCAGCUAUUGUUCGCCGUGUUGAUACCGCACAGCUCUUGCUUGCCAUAUCUCUACAACUAGCUAAACUGGAGUCCAUCGAAGAAGUUGGGCUCGAGGCAGCGUCGCCCUUUGCCCACUCGAGAAAAGUGGCAUACCCUGAGGGAGUCAAGUCACGAACUACCAUUACCAAGCAGGACAGUCUCAUCGCUGAAAACGUAACUGUAGAGGAGAAGACAGCCAUCAAGGAGUCAGUCGUGGGAGCCAAUUGUCAGAUCAACGAAGGAGCCAAGCUGUCUCAGUGUCUUUUGAUGGACGGAGUUGUGGUUGGGAAAGGGUGCAAGUUGACAAAGUGUAUCUUGGGCAAGAGAUGCGUCAUUGGGGACUACUCUGUGCUUACCGACUGUGAGGUCCAAGAGAACUUGAUGGUAGAACCACGAACCGAGGACAAAGACAACAAGCUCAUGAGCUCGGAGGGCCUGGAAGCAACGGAAGCCGAGAUGAAUGAAGUCCUACAGGAUGUAGACCGCGAAGUCGCAGCCGCCACAGACGAAGCCGUCGAGGAUUAG